AUGUCAGCGCCUUUGCAGAUUGCUGGCCACGAUCGUCACUUUUGACACCUAUCACACAUAUUUCGCGUACAACAAUUCACAUGCCGUAAAUUCUGAAAUUAAAGUUAUACGGUAUUCCGCUUUCAGUGCUGAAUACACCUUAUGUGAAUUCGACUAGACAAGAACUGUUCAAACAAAAAUGUAUGUAAAGCUUUAUACCGUUUGCCAUUUGAUAAGCCUCAUUUUUCUGUGGAUAUCUAGCGCGGCUUAAUUUUCGGUGGAUUUGUGUGCUACCAAAUACUGUUUACUGAGAUCUGACUUCCGUUACAAACAAACCAUUAACAGGCACGCAAGAUGGAUCUCCAGCGCAGCGAACACGAUGCUGUUGAUCACGAUCGCGAAGAAUCCAUUGUGCUGCAGACCAUCCGGUCGCUGCCGUCCAGUACGACGGAUUCAGCGGAAAUCGAAGUUGUGGAUGGGACGGCGCUGGUAGCAACGUCACCCACCACCAGCAAUGGUUCGACCGUACGCUUCCAGACAUUCCGCUUGUUUCGUGAUACACUAGAAGGCGCUGUGGACGGUGUCAAGCAGUUCGUGGAAUAUCCGUUCGUCAACCGACCGUCCUCCGAGCAACAGGCAAGGGAUACGUUGGCGGGGCUGGAGCCGUUUUUCUGGGUACUGCGGAUAUUGGGAUUAUGUCCGAGAGUGGGAUUAUUCGAUUCCUCCAAUGCGGUAAAAGAUAAUACAACGAAGACAUGGAACAUCGCCCUAGUCGUCCACACCGUCAUCGUCGGUAUCUUCCUGUGGCUGGGCUUCGUCUCCACCUUCGGCUUCUCCUUAGCAUGGCCCAUCGCCUUUUGCGCCGGCUUCCAGUCCAUCAUGUACAGCAACGAAACCUACUGCAAAACCGAUUUAAUGGAAAGGUUCCUGACGUUAAAAGGGAUGAACACCCUGAUCCAGACCAGCUUUCUCUUUAUCGGCGCCGUCAAUAUGGUCGUCUCGGCAACUGCCACGAUUCGCAUCCGUCCCAUGGUUAAACUGCUGCGCGAGUAUUACUCCAUCACACCGGCCGCGAUUGUCCAAUCGCAUCGCAAGAUGGCCUUUGUCCAUGCGACACUGACGGUCGUCACCGCCGCGAUUAUCGGCAUUCCUUUUACGCUGGUGUAUGAGGAUAUGCUGAAUGAGAUUAAGACAGAGAAAUCGUACGAGGGUUAUCCGUUCGCCAGUAUUGAUACACCCCUGGUGAAAAUCGAGAACUGGAUUGCGUAUACGAAACGCAAUGCAAGCGACUCCAAAGCGGAGAAGUUUAUUCUGAAUUCGCUCAAAUAUGUCUUUCGGGUGGAGAAUUUUUUCUCCUUCUUGAGUUGUUUCGCGGUACCGUUCUUCUUCUCCCUAAUGUGUGAUGUGUUGGGGAAAGAGUGGAAAAGAUUUGUAGCGUUUCUCGGAGCGAAGAAACAGCUGACGCCGGAUUCGUUGCGGAAAGUGCGCCGAUCGCACUGGAUGCUGUGUAAACUGUCCGGAUUGGUGGACGAGUGUUUCUCUGUGAUGACGCUGGUCAUUUACAUCAUGUUUAUCGUCAUCAAUAGCUCCAUUAUCUAUAUUGUUUUGAAAUUCGGGACAAGGGCGACCGGCCAAGACCGGCAUGCAUUCCUGCAGGCGCUGUUGAUGUUUGUCACGUUGGAGAUUAUUUUCUUCCUGGUCAUUCGGCAAGCUAUGCGAGUGCACAGUAUUACAAAUCAAGUGAUCGUCCAGAUACGCAACUGGCAGCCGGACAUGGAUGGAACAGUAGACUCGGAGUACAAACUGCUGAUUAAUCAAGUUACAACCACGGAUGUCAGUUUUACCGCCUGGAAUUGCUUCCGAAUAGAAGAAUCAGCAUACAUUAACGCACUGGCCAUAAUUUUUGGCUAUGUUCUCAUGAUGCUUCAGUAUCAACCGCCGGGUCGGUAAUAUUAUCAUCUCCAGCGUUCUUUGUGGAAUGAAACUAGUUAUACACAUUUUGUACGGAAUACUUAAAGGUUUGCACAGCGAUACUGUUGUGUGAUGGAAUCCUGCCGCCGAUCGACAUGUCUUUCCUUUUUCAUUUUAUGGUAGUUUUUCAGAGAAGUAUAUGGAAUCUGAUCUUUAUCAGCUAAGAAUAUAAUUACAAAUUCAGGGUCAUUGAAAUUUCCUUUCAACCAGUGAAGUUUAUCGUUAGCUGCUUUAUACUGCAAACCAGUUUCAUGAAAAAUCAAUGGUUAAAUGUUUUAUGCGAAAUGGAGACAUGCAGUGGACAAUAAA